AGCCCUGCCGUUGGCCAGCGGGCAGCAGUGCCGGGGAGACUGCGCGACCCCAGCUCGAAGCGCAGCCGUCCCAACCCUUUCCCCGGGGCCUCGGUGGGAGUCGAGAGCGUUUCCUGGCGCCCGAGCCAUGGUGGCCAAACAGCGGAUCCGGAUGGCCAACGAGAAGCACAGCAAAAACAUCACCCAGAGGGGGAACGUAGCCAAAACCCUGAGGCCACAAGAAGAGAAAUAUCCUGUGGGACCAUGGCUGUUGGCACUGUUCGUUUUUGUUGUCUGCGGCUCAGUCGUGCUGUGUCCCCACCUCUCAACACUCCGGGCAAGGUUCAAACCAAGUUUCUGAGUGUUUACAAGGAAAGAAAGAUAACGCUGUGACUCUUGUGAAGGUUGACCACAUAAACACUGGCCUUUCCUGAAGACUACCUGAACUAUCUUGAAAUUGUGAUACCCAGAGGGUGUCACAGCCCCAAGACUGGAAAGUGGGAUGUUUGAGGAGCUGAACCGCCCCGGAGAAUCCCUUCUGUUUCACCACAAAAGAAAGCUUGAGGACGUGCGUCUGCUCUGGAACUCCUGCCUCAGGAUCUGAGAUGAACAGUCUGGAAAAAGAUGUCUCAUCACCCAUUGGCUCCCUCAAGGUGAUCUUCACACCUCCCUUGUCUGUGCUUCCUUCUUCCCCAUGCCCUUUGGGUCCUCUGGGUUUCUUUAUGGGUUCCUUCUCAGAAGAACGCUUCUAUUGUCUGUCAUUUUACUUUAGAGAGCGCGCACCCCAUUCUUUGCUAAUAUGAUCCCUUCUUCUAACAUCAUCCUCCUGCCCUCACCUGUCCCAGGCUUCCCUCUCUUUCCCCUCUGGGAAAUGGCAUCUUGCCUUUGACCUUCUUUGUGCUGAUUCUUUCAAAGAAAGAACCACCUCAUGAUGUCUUGUCUUCUAACCAUUUCUGCUUGUCUUUUGUGGGACCCAUACUUUUCCUACUGGUGCUUUAAUUUUCUAAAUUUUUUAAGUGAAAAAGAAUAAAAGUUGUGUGAUUUCUAAAGUUGACUUAUCCUCCUAAAGGGGAUUCCCUCUGGCCUCUCUUGAUCUCUCUUCUCAGCAACUUCCUUGAUCUCUCUUAUCGUCAACCACUUGCUUUCAAUAAACAUCAUUUUUGGAAGCCCCCAUUGUCUGGUAGGGUUCCAGCUUUCCGACAGUCUCCUAGGGGAUCCACUUGUGUCAUGCCUGUGUUCUUCAGCCAUUUGCAGUUAUCUGGGGUCAGUCAGUCCCCAGGAGGAGAGUGGAUUGGGCUGGCACAGCCCCCAACCUUAAGGAAGUUUAUGUUCUUAUGACUUGACUUCCCCUCAAGGACUAAGCUCUUGGACCAAUUGAAUUUCAAGGUUGCCAUAUGAUGCUGAUUCUUUUGGUUGGCAGAGUAAUCAAUUGAAGUUUUUAAAUGCAUUUUCCUCCAUGCUGUUUGCAAUUUUUCAUCUUUUGGUUCUUCAAUAAAUUUGUA